AUGGGAUCAUGGGUGUUGGGAUCCAAAGCAACCCUAACCUCAUCGGCACUGUCCGGCCGAGUGCGGAGUGGGGCGCAUGGCGUGCAAACGGUGUUGAUGGGCGAACGUUGGUCAGCAGCGGAGGAGAUAGAAUGUAUUGAAUGCUGUGGUAAGAAUUUAUACAUUGGGACCAGUGACUGUUUUGUUAUUCAUUUUCUGCUGGAAGAGAAGACACAGCCUAAUGGCAAGGUUAUCCUGACCAGUCAGAAACAAAGCCACAAAUACUUAGCAGUGAAAAAGCCAGUAAUUCAACUGAAAGCUGCCUCUGCGUUGACUCGGAUAUUAGUAUUAUGUGAUAAUACUGUAGCAUUACUUAAUAUGUUUAACCUGGAGCCAAUGUUAAGUGGUGCCAAGAUCAGGGGGGUUACAUCAUUUUGUGUGAAUGAGAAUCCAACGAGUAGUAAUCCAUUCAGCAUUCAGGUCUGUGUGGCAACAAAAAAAAGAUUAAUUCAGUUAUACACUGUCACUGAAGAUAAAAUGAUUUUAAAUAAAGACAUAACAACUGUAGAUAUCCCAAUUACGCUGGAUAUGGACAGUUAUUUUAUCUGUGUGGCACAUACAUGUAAUUAUGUAAUGGUCAAUUUUGAUAACUUAGAAUCAACAGAUUUAUUUCCAUUUGAACCUGACCUAACAAAUCCUAUAGUGAAAAGAAUCGGACAAGGAGAGUUUUUGUUAAGUGGUCCAAAUGCACUUGGUAUGUUUGUUACUUGUGAAGGCAUAUCACAACGGCCACCAUUACAAUGGUCAAGUAGCGUCAUGGCAACAGGAUUCACGUUCCCAUAUGUGUCUGCACUAGAUGAUGAAUUUAUCACAGUUCAUAGGUAUAGUUUAGCAAG